AUGGCUGAGCACAACAUUGUCGUUCUGGGUGGUGACCACUGCGGUCCCGAGGUCGUGGCCGAGGCUAUCCGAGUCCUCAAGACUCUCGAGGAGAACAAGCCCAGUGUCGGCAAGUUCAACUUCAAGGACCAUCUCAUGGGUGGUUGCUCAAUUGACGCCCACGGUUCCCCUCUGACCGACGAGACCCUCGCUGCCGCCAAGGGAGCCGACGCCGUUCUCCUCGGUGCUAUCGGUGGCCCCAAAUGGGGUACCGGCGCUGUCCGUCCCGAGCAGGGUCUUCUGAAGCUCCGCAAGGAGAUGGGCACAUACGGCAACCUGCGACCUUGCUUUUUCGCCUCCGACUCCCUCGUCGACGCCUCUCCCCUGAAGGCUGAGGUCUGCCGCGGUACCGACAUCGUCAUUGUGCGAGAACUCACUGGCGGAAUCUACUUUGGCGAGCGCAAGGAGGAUGAUGGCUCCGGUUCGGCUUGGGACACUGAGCCUUACUCCCGAGAGGAGAUCGAGCGUAUCGCUCGUCUGGCUGGAUUCCUCGCCCGAGGCCGUGGUGACAAGAAGGUGUGGUCGCUCGACAAGGCUAAUGUGCUGGCUACUAGCCGUCUGUGGCGAAAGGUCAUGAAUGAGACUUUUGAGAAGGAGUUCCCUGACCUCAAGGUCGAGCACCAGCUUAUUGACAGUGCUGCUAUGAUCCUUAUCAAGAACCCUACCGGUCUUAACGGUGUUGUUGUGACGAGCAACCUGUUUGGAGACAUCAUCAGCGACGAGGCCAGUGUCAUCCCUGGAAGCAUCGGUCUUUUGCCUAGUGCCAGUCUGAGCGGUAUUCCUGAUGGUCAGGGCAAGUGCAACGGUAUCUACGAGCCCAUCCACGGUUCCGCUCCUGAUAUCUCCGGCAAGGGCAUCGUCAACCCCGUCGGCACAAUCCUGUCGGUGGCCAUGAUGCUCCGAUACUCCCUCAACCUCCCCGAGGAAGCCAAGGCUGUCGAGGCUGCUGUCCGCAAUGCUCUGGACGGCGGUCUACGCACCAAGGAUAUGGGUGGAAACGCUGGCACAACAGAGGUUGGAGACGCUAUUGUUGAGGAGCUCAAGAAGAUCCUCAAGGCUUAG